CAGAUGGCUAACACAAAGAAGACACCACGGGAAAGAUGGAGGUGCCCUGUUUGCCAAGUACGGUUCCAAACAGAAAAGGAGUUGGAGGAUCAUGUUAUAGCAUGUGCAAAGAGAAGGUCUUCAGAAGAAGAGUACUUAUGUGAUCUGUGUCCUUACGCAACAAGCAGGAAGAGUGACUUCACAAGGCACCAGAGAAGGAGACAUGCAGCAUCCUUGUCAGCCAUAGAUGAUACCGAUAGUGAAUGGGAGAAACAAAACCCAGGCACACUAUCGGAUGUCCUUGGAGAGCCUACAAACAAGAAAGGCCCAACAAGUAAAUCAGUGAUGGUUACAGGAUCACUUAUCAAAGGCAGAGUAGUUAGGAAAAGCACGUCUCCUCUACCAGUGGCUACUUCUUCAAAGAAGAGAUUAUUAGAAACCCUUAAGAGUUCAUUAGGACCACAGCCAAUAGCCAAGAGAUUUACAUUGCCAAGGUUGCCAACCACAACCGCAACUGUAGUGGUACCUCCAGUCCCAAACUCGUUUCUGAUACCGAGGAUGAUGGAUACUGAUUCCGAUGACAGUUCCGUGUCAAACCCAUCACCACCGUUGUUCUCGUCCUCACCUAUGGACUUAAGAACUGUUACGACAACUACGACUGGAACCAUCCCAAGCCUUGUGCCAGCACAGGUUGUCAGGCCAGUAGUUAUUCCUGGAUUGAUGCUGGUUGAAAGAAGAGUGGUUAGAAGAUAUAAGGAAAACGGAAAAGAUGUGGAGGAAACUGAAAUCUGGAAAAGAUGAAGUGACAGGUGACAGAACUAAGCAUACAAAUACCAUAGCCAGGAAGGCUUGACUGAAUUAUUCAGUGAUCAGUCCGACGGGAUGCGUU